GUCGCCGCGCGAGGUGCGGGGUUGUCCGCGCGCGCUCCCGCCACCGAGAGGGGCGGGGCGAGGCGGGCGUGCCUGCCUCAGACAGCGGCGGAAGGAGCGCUGGUGUUCGAGGCCCAGUGAACGGGGCAGCAUGAGCGGCGAGGAUGGAAACGAGGAAUUCUACCGGCAGCUGCAGCUCCAGCAGCAGUACGAGGCCAAGCCAGCCGAGGGCGAAGGCGAGGGCGAGUCCGACCCCUUUACCUACGUGGACCCGGCGGACGGGGCUGCCUACGAGUGGGACUUGGAGAAGAAGGCCUGGUUCCCCAAGAUAACAGAAGAUUUCCUGGCAACCUAUCAUGCCAACUAUGGUUUCCAUGCAGCUGAGACAGAUACUUCAUCUGCUUCUGGUACAGCCACUGAAAGUAAGCAACCAGUAAGUUCUAAGAAAUCAGGAACACAACCAUCAGCCAAUGAGACAAGACAAAAACAAACAGAUCCAAAACAAAAAUUGGAAAAAAGGAAGCUAGAGCCAGGGUGGUUUCAUGUUGAAGAAGAUAGGAACACAAAUGUUUAUGUGACAGGUUUACCUCCAGACAUUACAAAAGAUGAAUUUGUACAAGUCAUGUCAAAAUGUGGUAUCAUCAUGCGAGAUCCUCAGACAGAAGAACACAAGAUCAAACUGUACAAAGAUAAGGAAGGAAAUCUUAAAGGAGAUGGCCUCUGUUGUUAUCUGAAGAGAGAAUCAGUUCAACUUGCUUUGAGGCUUCUGGAUGAAGCAGAAAUCCGAGGCUAUAAAUUGCAUGUGGAAGUUGCAAAGUUCCAACUGAAGGGGGAGUAUGAUGCAAGCAAAAAGAAGAAGAAAUGUAAAGACUACAAGAAGAAGUUGUCACAACAGCAGAAACAGCUGGAUUGGAGGCCGGAGAAGAAAGAUGGGGCAACUCGAAUGAGGCAUGAACGCAUCGUCAUUAUCAGGAAUAUGUUUCACCCCAAGGACUUUGAGGAGGAUCCUCUAGUGCUAAAUGAGAUAAGAGAAGAUCUGCGGACAGAGUGUGAAAAGUUUGGUCAAGUAAAGAAGGUUCUCAUAUUUGAUAGGCACCCUGAUGGCGUCGCUUCUGUGUCAUUUAAAGAAGCAACAGAAGCUGAUUUGUGCAAGCUGACUCUAAAUGGAAGGUGGUUUGGUGGCCGUCAGCUCAGUGCUGAAACAUGGGAUGGUGUAACGGAUUAUCAGGUGGAGGAGACUGCAAGAGAAAGGGAAGAAAGGCUCAAGGUGUGGGAGUCAUUUUUAGGGGAUCCUGAUGCAAAGGAGCAGCAAACUACAUCUGAUUCACAUUCUGCAUCAAGUAGUGUUAAACUGCCCGAAGGGAAACAGCCUCCAGCGGUUAAUGACACACCUAAGGAGGAUGCAAAUGAGGAAACUCAUAAGAGGGAGAAUAAUGGUGGGGGUAUUAAUGAAGAUGGAGCUCCAUCCACAGACAGCAGCCUUGCAGGCAGUGAUGGUGAAGCUGAUACAUAACGUCUUUAAUGCUUUAUGAAAGCAUGAUUUUUAGGGUGAUGUUUGAGUGUAUCCCUUUCUUCAGGGUGACUUCAGGCAAUAUUCAUAUGAAUAUAGGUGUCAUUAGAAUGUCAUCAACUGUAUGCUUUGAAGUUUUCAUUUAAUGGGGGUCUAAAAGUUUGUAUUAAUUGGCUGUUCAGGUGAAGUUACUCAAGUUUUCAAGAGCACAGUAAAACUCAUCAGGCUUCUUUUGUUCUAACUAUGCUUGUCAGUGUUUCAUGAUGUGAGUAUGAAAUAUGUUCCAGCCCUUAGGUUUAUGUAACUAUAUGUAACUUAUGUAAUGCGAAGCUUUUACAAGAUUUGUGGAUUGUACUGUUAAUUUUUCUGUUAAGUUCCCUUGGAUCUCAGUAUUUAAAUAACUUGUGUCCUGGUAUGUUGGAUAAUUUUAUGGAACAUGUGCCAUGAUCCAGAUAGGGUGAAUGCAUUGGAUUUGUUGCUAUGUAUUGGGUGGCAGAUGAGUAGUCUCAGGUCAUAAGCUUAAAGAAAGUGGUAGACACUGUUGCCACAGCAACCCUAAGGCAAAUUGAGUGAAGAGAGGUUAUUAAAUCAGAGCAUUCAGCAAAUGAAGUUUUCCUUCCCCUGUUUAGAUCUUCUGUUGAUAUUAGAGAGUGGAAUUGUCUCAAGGAGACUAGCAGUGCAUGAACACACAUAUUCUGGGACAUAUUGUUUUUACACUCUCAUGGUCUGUAUGUAGUAGGUAUCAAAACAGGCUUUUGAUUUUUUGGUGGCUUUAUUAGUUCUUGCUUUUAUAUUAGAGUAAGGGUUUUUUGUAAACUUCAUUAGCAUGUUGAAUGUGAGUUCUCCUCGACAUUUUCAUUUAGCUCUGUAUGCUCUUCACAGUGGGGAGGAUUUUCUAUCUUUCAUAAAAUUUAAAUGCUUUGGCAGCUCGAACUGCAGUUUAUUGUGCAAAAGUUAGAGUACUUUAAAAUAUGCUUUCAAAUAAUGCUCUUAUAUGGAAAAAGCAAGUGGUACUCCUCUUCAAAAUAUUUCCAAAAGCAAGGACUUAGAAUAUCUUCUAACUUAAGAUAUUUUAGUAAGUGGCAGACUUUCAAAAAUAACUGGGGGAAACUGUUUUGGGCAUAGUCAUUCUUAAUUUAGAAUUCCACUGUUUUGAUAAGUACGGAUAGAAGAACAUGGAUUUAGGCACUAAACAAUUCAAAAUUUAUAGCAUACUGUUUAUAUGGGUGAUCACCAGUACAUAUUUGCAAGGAGAAUCCUUUUAACUUUUUAAAUUCAUAUUGGAUUGCAAGAAACUAUAGAUGCUGUGUUUCCAUCAUGAGGUAAUCAGAAUACUCUGAAAAUGUUAUUUUCAAACCUUGUGCUCUGAGAUUACCAUACAGAUUUUUUUUCCUGAAUUCUGGGUGGUUUUCUAAGUUUAUUUUGUUGGAGUUUUUUUAAUAUAUAGUCAGUAUGUGUGGGUGGCUAUGCCAACAAGAGCAUCUAAGUUAACACUGCCAUUGUGGUUAUAAGUCACUUCUUUUGUGACAAAAAUAGCUGUCAUAAUUAAAUUUAGGGCUUAAAAGUCCAGGGGCUCAUCAUAUGCUGAUAUGACAAAUUUCCCAUUUUGAAUUGCAUUAUAAAGAAGAGAUGUAGCUCUUGCUAGCUAAAAAAAGUCAAUUUUCUCAUCUUUCCAAGUGUGUGGAUUGUGUGUUUCAGUAAAGCAGGUGUUUGAAGAAUUCAGGGAAUCUGGAACACUGCCUGGUUAGUAGCUGCACAUAGUGGUGUAUUCAGGCACAUUCCUGGGUUGUGUUGGUUCUGCCUUAGUUAUUUUUAUUGGUAAUAAGCACCACAGACCUUUGAGAGCUGGAAGCGUUUGCAUAUGAGGAGUGUAGUUUAGUGUGGUGAGUAUUGCUUUCAGUGCUCCUUUUUUCUUCCAGCUUCUGGACUUCAGGCUUUAGAUGUCUUUCUCUUGUGUUUUGUUUGCCUUUUUUUUUAAGGGAGCCCAGUUGUAACACUACACUGUUAAAUCACUUGUUUUACAGUGGAAUUACACCUGAUACAAGGAAACUUGUGGAAAUAUGUGUAAAACUUGUAAAGUUCUAUGAAGUUUUAUCAUGGUAUCAGAUAUGGAGAACAAGGUUAAUAUUAAUAUUUGAAAUAAGAUGUUGAAAAAUAAGGAAUUGCUGUAUGUGCUGUAUGUUCCUCUCUCCAAUUGAUGUGCAAAUUUGACUGGCUUGGUGUGGAAGUUCAAUGUGCUCUUAGUCCUUUCACCUUCUCCUUUAGACCUCACACUAAAGUAGAGCACCAACAAAGACUGAGACCAAAUGCUUUACUGGCUUUCCUAUUAACUAGGAUUCUUAAGUAAUAAAAGCUCUUUUUCCAUGCAAAUAUGUUGUUCUCAAGUGUGGAAUUAUACUCAAACUUGUAUUUUCCUUUUGUCUACCUCCAUUUUCCCCAGUAAAAUGUAAAAAUAUAUUUUUAUAAACUAUUCAUUAAGUUAUUGAGGCAUUUAGUAGUCCAAGGAGAGGUUAAUGCAGCUGUGACUCUUUUCAGCAGAUUUUCAUUAAAACCAAAUUCUUUGGAUAUUUUCCUUUUUGAAAUUAUUUAUGAAGUUAUUUUGAAUUUAUGAAAUUUGUAUAAAUCAGUCUGAACAAAAAUCAAGAAUUUUCACAGAAGUUAAAAUUGCUAUUUUGAACUAUGAUUAUGAAAUUCUUAGAGUAUAGAGCAGUAAUGUUUAAUGAGAAAUUUUAACAAAUUUGAACAAGCGGAGUUCCUUUUUAAACUUACAUAUUUUUUCUUAGUAAUCAGCAUCAUACAUAAAUUUGUAAGAAAUUAAAACCCUAAAGGAAUUCUCACUUUAUUUUUUCUUUAAUUAAAAGUGUUUCCUGUUUACUUUCCUUGCUCAUUAGAAGUGAAACAACAACUGUUUUGCUCAGUUUCUAAGGUUAUUCUUUUAGGUCCCAUUCCAGUGUUCAAGUGUACUGCAUGUUGCUCCAUCCCUGUGCUUUUGGUGAGAGGUUCAUUUUAAGAGAAUCUGUCUCCUUUCCUCUGUAUAUGAUAGAAACAAUAACUAGCAGCAGACUGAAACAAUUUGUAGAUAAUUAUUUUUGCUCAGUUUUGAACUAGAGGAAUAGAUGUUUCUACCAAUUUUCAGUGUAAUAAUAUGGAUGUAAAGCCACUUAAAUACAAUAUGACAGAGUAUUAACUAAUCCUUCACCAUAAUUUGGCAGAAUCACUUUCUGAACCAUCCAAAAUAAUUGCUGAGCUUCAGGAUAAAUUGGUAGUUUGCUUUAAAAUCAAAUGCUGUUCAGUGGUUUGCAGGAAGGAGUUUUUAUGGAGUUACAGGUAUUCACCAGACAUGACAUGGCUGGAGGAGCAUGGCCAAGGUAGACACCUGGAGACAAAAAGCCUCAAAAUAAAAGGCUUUUUAGAAGGUUUUCUCUUUUUUUGCAGGUUCUCAAAUGUUCGUAUACUGGUGUAAAGAGAGAAUUAGUUUCAUUUUGCAUCAAAAUGUUUAUCUGUUUCUCCUGCUGGCUUUUUAAAAUUUUAAAAUUGAAUUUCAGUCCCUUGUAUAGCUUAGGUUUUGUAUAAGGAUUGCAAUUCACUUAAAGUCUUUAAUAUGCUAAAUGCAGUGCAUUUUAGCUAAAACACAUCCUACACAUUAUUCAGUUAAGGUUAACCUAUUAACAGUUAAAAAUAAUUAUCUUCAUUCACUUCAGAAAAUUGAAGGUGUUGGAUGCUUCAUAGAAACCCAAACUUGUCUUUCAUCAAUAUUCAUACCUGGAAUUCUUGAAACUAAACCAAACCGAAUUUGAAAAAAAAAAAUGUAUUCCUAUGGAUUUUAUUUGGAUUUUUAAAUUCUUAUUUUUAUUUCUGCAUUUGCGAAAACAUACUGCAGUAUGGUAAAUGAAUUCUGUGAGUUGUGUAUUUGUGUUGAUUUGACUUGUGUGUAUUGUAGUGCUCGUUGUAGCUUGACAUCUUACUGUCAGAAUACUCUGAAAGUUCUGUAAAAUAUUUAUAGAAUUAUGAAAUCUUUUGCAGCAAGCUGUUUUCUUGCUCAUUCUGUAAUAUGAAAAGUAUAUUGUUAGAUUAAACUUUUCAGUAAGUAAACUCAGAUUUUUUUUUCUGACAGGUGAUUUUUCUUUCAAUAAAUUAAUCAUUUUCAUUUAUCCUUUAAAAAAGCAACAUUACAAAGCAAAGUGCUAUUUGAAUAAUGUCUAGACUUGUGACAGCAUCUGAGAAUACCCUUUGUUUGAUUUGUUUCUUAAAGGGGUUGUGUUUUAUACUACCUUUUUAAUAAACAAACUCAUGAACAGA